AACAGGUCAGUGCGCAGGCGCCGUAAAGUUGGCAAACAAAAUGGCGACCAACUGUUAGCCAAAGUUUUUGGAGUCCAGUCGCGAAAAAAAUCUUCACAACUUUCCGACAAUUUUCUCACGUCGGCGCGACUCGUGCGCCCCGGAUUUCGCCCCAGGAUGUCUCUGGCGGGCGAGAGGGCCGACUGGGUCGAGAUCAUCGAGCCCAAGUCGCGCGAGAUCAUGUUUGCUAACCUGGUUACCGGGGAGUGUGUUUGGGACCUGCCCGUUGGAGUCGCCGUCAAAAAGGCUCACGAUAACCAGUGGUGGGAGCUCUUCGACAACAACACCUCAAGGUAUUACUACUACAAUGCCCACAGUCAGAAGACAGUCUGGCAUCGUCCCAAAAACGCUGACAUUGUUCCGCUUGCAAAACUCCAGAAACUGAAGGAGAACACCGAGAUUCAGGAGAGACAAGAACGCGAGAAGGAAAUGAGAGAACGAGCCAUGAGGAACAAAACUCCGCAGCAAAAUGGAACGGACCCCCAGCAGGGCGACUCGAGACACGGCACGCCGCGCAAGAUUGACUCUCCGCAGUCCCGCAAGAAAUCUAUGAACCAAUCACUGACUACCUUUCAGGGGAAGGCGUCGACACCGGAUCAUUUGAACAAUUACGACAAGUCGGCGCUGCAGAGCGGACAGUCACGGAAGAGGAGCCGGGACGGACCGCAGAAUAUCGACAACCCAUCGUAUGUUGAUACCACAAAAAUGGAGACUCACGCGUCGAAGUUCCGCGACCAACACCAUCAGGGUUCGCCCGUGGUACUUAGGAAAAAUGCGCAGGAAAUUAUGGAUAAUCGGGCGAUGAACAUCGCGCAUAGCAGACAGGGGAGCAAGGCGUCGCAGGGAUCGCAAGGCUCGUACGAUUCCCAGGGAAACCUGGUCGGAAACAACGAGAACUUGAACUACAAUGGCAACAACUACACGUCGGUUCAAAAGGAGAACAGUGACUCGGUAUCGCACUCCAGACAGGGGAGCAAACUUUCAGAUCGCGACCGACCUGUACAUAACGAUUACGUGGAGUUGAAGCGAGAAGGGGGCAUCACGAAUUCAGAUUAUGCCAAUAUAGAGAUCAUUCGCAGCCUUUCGAAAAAGACGACGCCACCGCCGCCGCAGGUUAGUGACUACCAGAACGCGGAAAUGUUCCGGAUAACGCAGUCGACGCCACAAGUGAACGCUCAGACUCCCGUGUCGGAUUUGCAGACGCCUGGAACGGGAGCGUAUAGUUCUGGUGACUUGACGACGACAGGUUCAAGUUCGAACACUCCCGGCUCCAGCGGUUAUACACCAGGCGUGUUAAAGGAGUCUCAGGUCCCAAACUUGGAAGGGUCGUUUCGAGAAAAGCCCAGGAACCAAGUCGAGCGGUCGUCCAGCGAUGGCGAGAGAGCGGGAUCGUACGGCAAGCGGCAGGCGCCCAACCUGCCGACAUCACAGUCCGAGGGCGAGAUCGGCGCCAAGGUUCGGCGCGGGAGUAACCGCUCCAUGCCCGGUCCUUCAAGGUCGUUAGGGUCACUGUUGAAGGCCAAGAAGCCUCAAGGAGACGUGGACAUCAUGAGUUACGCCAAGGACAACUUUAACAGGCAUAAAAAAGGCCUGUUUAGGAAGCCUGUCUCCAUAGCGACCAUGUUGACGUGGACGAAGGACCCCAUCAAGAAGCCAAUGAUCAUGACUCGAGACAAGACGGUCAAGAAGGAGGCUGUGGAAGUCUUCAGGCUUAUACAGAUUUUCAUGUCUGACCGUACGGUGAAGAAAGUUGACCAGAUGAGCGUUGCUCUGGACAUCACGACACGCGGCUGGACCAUCCAGGGCCUGCGGGACGAAGUGUACAUCCAGGUCAUCCGACAGACAUCCGACAACAAGAAAAUUGAGAGUCUACAGAAAGGCUGGGAGUUGAUGGCCAUCUGUUUGGCCUUCUUCCCUCCCACUGCAAAGUUCCAGUCCUACCUAGAGGGAUACAUCUACAGGUUCUUGGAGACUGAGACAGACGAUGACCUCCAGGGUUUCCCUCGUAGUCUGUAUGCACAGCACUGCUACAAACAACUGGACAGGAUAUGUAAGACAGGCGCGAGAAAAGGCCUGAAGAAGCCUACAAUAGAUGAAGUUGCCCAGGCGAAACACAACAUCUUCCACCCCUCCAUGUUUGGUAACACCCUGGAUGACAUCAUGAACAUGCAGAAGCAGCGGUAUCCGGAACGGCGGUUGCCAUGGAUACAGACUACACUGUCCAAUGAGGUGCUGAGGCUGGGUGGGGAGAGGACCGAGGGUAUCUUUAGGGUUCCUGGGGAUAUUGAUGAGGUCAACGCCCUGAAGGUCCAGAUGGACAAGUGGGAUCUCCCUACAGAGAUCCUGGACCCCCACGUGCCGGGCUCCCUCCUCAAGCUGUGGUACCGCGAGCUGUACGAACCUCUCAUCCCGCCUAACUACUACCGACGCUGCGUCGACAGUUACGACAACCCGGAGGCCGCCAUCGCCGUCAUCCAGUCGCUACCCGAAAUCAACCGCCUCGUCCUCUGCUACCUACUCAACUUCCUCCAGGUCUUCGCAAGGUCAGAGAACUCCAAGGUCACCAAGAUGGACGCCAGCAACCUGGCGAUGGUGAUGGCGCCCAACUGUCUACGAUGCGAGUCGGAUGACCCGCGGGAGAUCUUCGAGAACACGCGGAAGGAAAUGUCGUUUAUUCGCACGCUGCUCUUAAACAUGGACACGGAAUUCAUAACUGGAGUUGUGUAGCAGAAACUACUUCUAUUUCUUCAAGUAUACUUACAUCCAUUCUAGAGUUUCUACUGUCUAUUCUAUCUCAAGAAAAAAACAUACAGAUUUUCUUGAUCAACUGUCACAUGCCAGUAAAAGCUUUAACCCUCUCCCUGCUGCCGAACCUUGUAAUCAGUACAAACUUGGUGCUAAAAUGCGACUGCAGCAGGGACAAGGUUAAAGCUGUUUAAACUUAUUAAAAACUUGAUCCAUUCUAGAAUUUCCACUGCCAAUUCUAUCUCAACAUGUAGCAUACACUGUCAAUUUUUCAUGAUAAAACUGUCAUCAAUUUACACUUAUGUAAAGAAAACAGUAUUGGAGUGCUGGAUAACAUGAGGGGAAUGUUGUGAAGAUAAUUUUUAGAGGAAAAACAGUUCUGACCAAGUCUUUCAACCAUCAUUAGCUGCCGGAAUUAGCUUGUGACAGAAGCGCCUCCUGUUGGCGGUUAGCUGUACUGCAGCUCCAUGGCCUUUGAUUGCAUAAAUGCUACUAAAAAUGCACUGCAGUAAACACUUUGCCUUAGCAAUCUUGAAGCUGCUUUCUAAGCUGGCACUUACUGCACUUGCUGCUUUAAUAGCCACAUUGACAACACAGGAUGGACUAUGUACAUGUAUGUAUGUUCUUCCUUGUGGCUUCUUGUAACCAAAGUAAGCCAGCACUUACACUUAUGCACUUAACACCAAAGGAAAGCAAUACUUUUACUAAACUUAACCAAAGGAAAGCAAUCACUCUAAACACAGCAACGUAACCACAGUAAGGAUGUAGUGUCACAUUCAGUUCCAAUUCUAACAGUAUUCACAUUUUUUCAUAAAACUAAAGAAACCUUACAGGUGUGUGUUUCAUGCAAAACUCUUAGCUGUUAAUCUUGUCUUUACCUCUCGUCUUUACCAUUUUUAAGUAGCAUGAAUGUCUCAAGAAUUAUACUGUCCUAUCCUUUCAAACAUGGCUGCUGGAUAUCAAUUUUCCUGUCUUGAAAAUUAUACACAGCAAAUGAAUUCAUGCAUGGAGAAUUACAGAUAUUUUUGUAUGGAUGUAUGGAAAUACACAAAUGAUACUGACACGAGAUACAACUUCGGGGAGAACACAAAAAGCAAUUAUAGAAUUUAGGACUUAAAAAACACUGUCAACGCUACAACUUUGCUAGAACUACUGUCAGAUUUCUGCUUUUACCAAAGCUUUAGCUGUAAAGUCAAACUGUGCUUGAUGUCGUACUUACUAUCAAUGAAGAAAUGAAAUUAAUGUUACUGAUACCAUUUUUCAUAAAGGCUACUUUCUGUCAAGAUGGAAUAUUUAUGUAAAUAGAUACUUGAUUUGACUACAUGUACUAGAAGAGUUUAUGAUUAAGAGGUGAUUAUAGUAGAAGAUAUUUUACUGUAAGACAGUUCAUUAAGAUUUGGUGUGAUGAUGGAAGUUUUUGAGGGUAUGGAAUUGUAUAUUUAAGAAAAUUAGUUGGGUGUGUGGCAAGAGUUGCUGAAAAACUCAAACUGUGAGAGAGUAUGGAUCGACUUGCAACUUUGCUUUUUUGGUUGUUAAGAUGUGGCUAGUUGUAAAUUUUGGAGUGAAGGAUUUGUUGUUUCAUCGAAUGGAGUGUAGAAUUAUACAAAAGAAUGUAUGACUACAGUUAAAGUGUAGAAGGGUUAUUUUACAAUCCUACACAAAAUAUCUGUUCAUGGCAACUUACAACACAAUUUUGGUGUCAUUUUUUCAUAUCAUGGUAAAGAUUUGUUUCUUGUUUAGUAGAGAAAAUGAUUGAGGAAUUUUUGUGGAUAGAUUUUGAAUAAGGAAAUCAUUAGAACAUUAAAAUGUGUUCCUAGACUUGUAAAUAAACAAUGUUUUUAUUAAUUUUUUUAAAAUCUGAAUAAUUCACAUAUCGCUUGAUGGUAUCCAUUGGUUUGUAACAAUGUACAAAGGCUGUGAACUCUGACCCAGAGGUCAGGGGUUAAAGGUGAAGGAUUUGUAAUUUUUUGAAGCCAAAAUGGCCCUCUUGACUUAACAUAUACUAGAUCUCAUUUUGUACAAUGUUUAAAGGUUUGUUCCACAGAAACAAUGGGUGAAAUUUGAAGCAAGACGACAAGAAAGGUAUGGUUUUAUUUGCACACAUAAAAAAAAAAGCAUCAGUGUUACUAUAUAAAAUUAUCAUAUCCUUGUCUUGCCCCCUGUGGUGACUUUUGGAACGUCCCUUGAUAACACUCAAGGUCAUCAUGUAACAAUCAAGGUCAACAUCAUCUUUGCUGCUGGUCUCCAUGGAGAUACAAACUGGCUAACAUUUCAAACUAAACUGGCUAAACUCAUGUACAGUAGUCUGGUAUCUGGCCCUGUCUUAGUUCCAAUUCAUGCGGUUACAUAUACAGUCAUACUAAGGCAGGGAUGGAUACCAAACAGAAACUCACGCUGUCAUUAUAUGUUGUACAUCAUGUUCAGUUACUGAGUAAGAUUUACCUCUGGAAUUGUAAUAAUAAUAUUAAUGAUGAUGAUUUCAAUUGAAUCAUAUAAUUUUUCACAAGUAACUGUCAAUACGCUAAGACUUGUUUAGACCUCAAUUGGAAUAUGCCAGGAAAUGUCUUCAUACAUUACU